CCGUAGCCAUUUUGGCUCAAGGAUCGGCGGCCCAGCCCGGCCGCGGUGCACCGGCGAGACCGCGCGCUUCAGGGGCUGGCGGCGAUGGGUGCCAACAACUGCAGCGGCACUCCGUGCUGCGCGAAGGGACCUGCUGGUCAAGACGACAUCUCGAGCGACAAGCCGACGCAGUACCCAGGACCGAAUGGCCUGUCGGACAGCAAGGAGUCUCCCUGGCCCGCAGGCCCUCAGGCUACCAAGGGCGGCUCCGGCGACGACGAGACGGAGACCUACGAGGAUGGGUCCAGCUACAAGGGCAAGCUGGUGCAGGGCAGGCGGCACGGCCACGGCACCUGGAGCUCCUCCACCGAGACGUACCAGGGCCAGUGGAAGCACGACCAGCGGGACGGGAGCGGCCAGCAGAAGUGGCAGGACGGCCGCAUGUACGACGGCCAGUUCAAGGAGGGCAAGUUCCAUGGUCACGGCCGCAUGGAGUGGAAUAUGAAGAAUGGCCUCAUGGUAUACGAGGGUCAGUACGUUGACGACCUGAAAGACGGCAAGGGCAAGUACACCUGGCCCGAUGGCCGGGCGUACGACGGCGAGUGGAAGAAGGGGCAGCGCUGGGGCAAGGCGAUCUACACCAACAUCGAGGGCAGGACGCGAGAAGGCCUGUGGAAGGAGGACAAGGUCGUCUCGUGGCUGGACGGGUCGGAGGGUGCCUCCCAGAAGUAGGGCGCUUCGCCCCCGCGGGCUGCGGCGCUCGCCGCUCGGCCUUCGGCGCGCUGCUGCGCCUGGCGCGCGCCCUCUGCGCGCUCUCCUCCCCCUCCUCCUCCAGCUUUCUUCUUUCUCCGCUCCUUCAUGGAUCCUUGGGCCCACGCAGUGCUUCCCCUUCACGUGGUUCCCCCGCGCUCGCCGCACAACCCACAGAGAAGACUUCCGCGGCGAGCGCUGCGAACUCUUUAUCAUUUAUUGCCCGUCGCUGUCGUCCAUGUGGCGAUGACCGUCCUUGGAAGACGGCGGGCGGCCGUGGUCCGUCCGAUGAUGACGGGGCUGACUGCGCAGGGUUUUGCAAACGCUGGUGCCUCGUGUCGCCGAGCCUGUGCCGAGCUCGCGACCGAGUGCUGCACAUUCCGAAUUCGCGGCGCUUUUCCUGCGGCACCUCUGAGCAUCCAGAGCGCAUGCUCGCAGAUCGCCAGCAAGGUGGGCAAGGAGGGAUCGUGACGAAGGAAAGCAAAAGGCAGAUCUGCGGUUCAGAGCGAGCGCUGUGGUUGGUUGCCUCGGCCAGGUGCCCAUUUGAUGUAUUCUAUUGUCGUCAGGCCUCCAGUGCGUUCUUGUCCUCCGCCCUUGGGGGAAGGCUGUGUCGCCCUCCCUCCCAGAGGGAGCGCAGACCUGGCCAGCGACGAAGAUGCCAAAUGCACUCUGAGUGCGCCCUUGCGUGGCGGAAGCCUGCGAGAA